AUGUCGCGGUCGCUUCUGAUUCUUUUCUACAUCGGGCUGCUGGCCUUGAGCGCCGCAGCGUCCGACUACUUUGAGCGACUGACCCUGACCCCCCUGCCACUGGGCGCUCUUCUCGCGUCCUUCGACUUCCGUGCCAACGAAACAAUUGCAAAUUAUGAGACGGAGAACUACAGAUACUUUCCCCGCUCGCUGGGUCAGGCUCUGAGACAUGCCGGCACGAAAGAACUUCAUCUGAGAUUCACUACCGGACGGUGGGACCCUGACACUUGGGGCGCACGACCAUGGAAUGGUACGAAAGAAGGUGGCACAGGAGUUGAGCUAUGGGCUUGGAUCGAAGCAGCUUCGGAAGAAGAGGCUUUUGACAAAUGGACGAUUCUGACGCAGUCCCUCUCGGGUCUGUUCUGCGCGUCAUUGAACUUCAUUGAUUCAACCAGGACCACCAAACCAGCCUUGUCCUUCCAACCCGCAGGCACGUACGAUGGACAGAAUGAAAACCUCCAUUUUCUACAUGGUGUGCUUCCGGGCGAAGUCGUCUGCACAGAGAACUUGACGCCGUUUAUCAAGCUACUGCCAUGUAAGGGGAAGGCGGGAAUCUCCAGUCUUUUGGAUGGUCACAAGAUCUUCGAUGCCUCCUGGCAGAGUAUGGCCAUCGACGUUCGGCCCAAGUGUUCGGACAGCGACCCAGAGAAAUGCCUCAUGGAAAUCAGCCAGACGAUCGAUGUGGUCCUUGACAUUGAACGUUCCAAACGCCCUCGAGACAAUCCGAUCCCGAGGCCAGUUCCAGCUGAACAACUGGUGUGCGACGAGACGAAACCAUACCACUCUCAAGACGCGUGUUAUCCUCGAGACAUGACUGACGAGAUUCCCUGGUCCUUGAAAGAAGUAUUCGGACGAACAGUGGCAGGGGUUUGUCCUCUAGUCGAAACUGAAGGCCCAGAAGCAAAGUCCGUAUGCUUGAACGUGCCACAUGAACGAAUGGUCUUGAUUGGAAUGAGUGGAUUCGAGGUCAAAUCUGAGCCAGGGCAGCCCGAGUCGAGGUGCUACCAAUUGAUGCAAUUCGAAGAGUUCGAUCUUGAGCUUCCGCAGCAGACACUCAGCACCAACCCCAACCUUGGCCAUGAAUUGUUGCGGGCCGAAAGGACCAUAACAGGCCACGGGGCGGCUCGAGGAGGUAUGCGCACCAUCUUCACCAACCCGUCACCAACGGACCCCGUGGAGUUUGUGUAUUUCGAGAGUCUGCCUUGGUUCAUGCGGCCCUUCAUGCAUACCCUAAAAGCACAGAUUACCCAAACCGACUUUCCAUUCCAGUGGCAGAUCAUCAAGGAUAUGCAUUACCGACCCGCCGUUGAUCGGAAACGGGGGACUCAGCUUGAACUGGUCAUGUCGGUGCCUCCUGCCAGCACCGUCAUGCUCACCUACGACUUCGAGAAGGCAAUUCUACGAUACACCGAGUAUCCGCCAGAUGCGAACCGUGGAUUCAACGUUGCUCCGGCCGUGAUACGCAUAUUAAACAAUACUAGUGCGGAUGAACCCUCCAGUGACAUCUACAUCCGAACGACAAGUCUGUUGUUGCCACUGCCCACGCCCGACUUUAGCAUGCCAUACAAUGUCAUCAUCUUGACGAGUACAGUGAUGGCUCUCGCUUUUGGAAGCAUCUACAAUCUGUUGGUCCGGCGUUUCGUGGGUGCGGAUGAGGUAGGCGAGCCCAGGCUCCGAGGUCUGGUUAAAAGGCUACGGGCCCUGAUUGUGAUAUUAAAGGAUAGAAUCAUAGGAAAGAGAGAGAAAGUAGAGUAG